GAGGGGGGAGACGAGCAACACAGAGCGGAGAACCUCCGUCAUCAUCUCGUUGGCUCAUCCUCUUCAUCACAACAGUCCUGGAUCCUCUCCAACACUCGGUCCUGGAGACACCUGAGUCUGCGAUUUGCUUUAUCCUCUAGCAUAUAUCUGAAUGACGGGCGGAAGGUUUGAUUUCGACGAUGGUGGCACUUACUGCGGGGGGUGGGAGGAUGGCAAAGCCCACGGACACGGCAUCUGCACCGGACCCAAGGGCCAGGGCGAGUACGCCGGCUCCUGGUCGCACGGCUUCGAGAUAGUAGGGGUGUACACCUGGCCCAGUGGGAACACGUACAGGGGCUACUGGUCCCAGGGGAAGAGGCAUGGGCUCGGUGUGGAGAAUAAGGGCAAGUGGAUGUACCGUGGAGAGUGGAGUCACGGCUUUAAGGGUCGCUACGGGAUCCGGCAAAGCCACAACACACCUGCAAGGUAUGACGGCACCUGGAGCAACGGGCUGCAGGAUGGAUAUGGGAUCGAAACCUAUGGCGAUGGUGGUACCUAUCAAGGCCAGUGGAUGGGUGGGAUGCGACAUGGCUAUGGCGUGCGUCAGAGUGUUCCCUAUGGGAUGGCCACAGUCAUCCGCUCUCCUCUCCGCACAUCUCUGGCCUCCCUGCGCUCCGAGCAGAGCAACGGCACAGUGCUCCAGGACCUCUCCUCCCCCACGGACACGCCGACGGGCGGUCGUGGUGGCUUCGUCCUUAACUUCCACUCAGACAGCGAGGUAGUCACCGGUAAGAAGAAGGGCCUGUUCCGCCGAGGCUCGCUCUUUGGCAGCCUUCGGCAGUUGCGCAAGUCUGACUCUCGGACCUCAAUCUCCAGCAAGCGCAGCUCGGCGCGCAGUGAUGCUGCCAUGAGCCGCAUCAGCUCCAGCGACGCCAACUCCACCAUAUCCAUCGGGGACGGCGAGCUGCCAGAUGAGGACUUUCCUCUAGAGGACCAUGUGGAUGCCACCACCACUGAGACCUACAUGGGUGAAUGGAAGAACGACAAGCGCAAUGGAUUUGGUGUUUCAGAGAGAUCCAACGGGAUGAAGUACGAGGGAGAGUGGCUUAACAACAAGCGCCAUGGUUACGGGUGCACAGUUUUCCCAGAUGCCACCAAAGAGGAAGGGAAGUACAAAAAUAACGUGCUGGUACGUGGAAUAAGGAAGCAGUUGAUUCCUCUUAAGAACCCCAAAACCAAAGAGAAGGUGGACCGGGCUGUGGAGGCGGCACAGAGGGCUGCAGCCAUUGCAAGGAGUAAAGUUGAAAUAGCAGCUUCCAGAACGGCCCAUGCCAGGACAAAAAGCGAGGCAGCAGACCAGGCCGCCAUCUCUGCUGUGCACGACGCGGAAAUCGCCAGGGCAGUUGCUAGGGAGCUCGCCCCCAAUUUCUACCAACCAGGACCUGACUACCUAAAACAACCAGUGAAGGAGCCUGUGGAGAUUAAAGAGGUCCCUGUUGAAAAGAAGGAAAACUCCCACAAAGAUUCUCCCCACUUCUACCGCAAAGGUACCACUCCUCCCCACUCCCCUGUGACCAGCCCUGUAGCCACGCCUCCCCCCUCGCCUCACUCCAGCAAGAAGAAAGGUCAGCUCGCCAACAGCAGCAGCCGCAAGACCAGCAAAGAGGAAAAACCGUCCCGCAAGACAAGCAAAGAAGAGAAGUCGAGUCAUAAGACCAGCAAGGAUGAGCGGUCUAGUCGAAAGCUGAGUAAAGAAGAAAGGCCGUCCGUCCCCGAUGGCCUUAAAGGUUCUCAUGUGCAGGUUGAGGCUUUAAAUAAACCUACUAAUAUUCAGCAGCCUACCCCAGUACCUGCUCCUCCUCCACAUCCUCCGGCAAUGCCAGUCAAUGGCCAGCUCCACAGCGAGUACCACAGCUACUACGUGAAGACCCCAACAAGGGUCCAACCCCCCCCGGAGCCUGAGGAGGAUACAGAAGAAGAGCCUAGUAUCUUAGACCUGGCACGUAUGCCCCCACAACCCCCUAGAUCCUAUAGUGUCCCCCCUCCUAAGCCAGCCUCCCUACGGGAGAGCAAGAGCGACCCCAAACUCAGGAAGCAGGAUUCCCUAAAGCCAAAGAGCCUCGCAGACACAAAGAAAGCCAGUAUGGAGAUGGCAGAAAGCAUGGAAGAAACAGGUCCUAACUCAAUCCUUGUUGCCAUGGUAAUGCUGCUGAAUAUUGGCCUUGCAAUUAUAUUUGUCCAUUUUCUGACAUGAUGAUGCUGUUUCUCAGUGAAACCAUGGCAACCGGUACAGUUGCACCGCCGGCCUUGAAAAAACGAAAAUGGCGCCAAUGAGACACGGGGGCGGCCGUAGGUGUUUAGGAAUCAGCGUGACACCGAAGAGAAUCAGGAGGAAGGCAUCACUACCACCAACCUGUCAUGGGCUUUCUUGAGGGCCAGCCCUGUGAAUUAGCGCUCCUUUGGCUUCUCUGAAAGCUGGGGUG